AUCCGGCGUCGGAGGUUUGAAUAGCCCCGGGGGCAGAAUCGAAAAUGAUUCUGGAGCAGAGGAGGCCUUGGGAUUGCGGCCUGGGACUGGAGGCCGGGGCGUAGCUGAAUGGCAAGAGAGAGAGCUCCAGGGACGACGAGAACCAGAGCCAGGGUUCUGAGUUCAGGACAUGAGUUGGAGGAUGAACUGAUCCUGAGGUCCAGCUACCUCGAGGACCUUGCUGUGCCUGCUGCAAACUGACCCAGUGUUUGGGGCACCUGAAGCACCUUUAGCUGGAGUCAUUGGAUAUUUUAUAUCUAGUUCAAGUGUCCUGUGGAGGGAGAUGCCGUCAUUCAAAAAGAGGCUUCUGGCUCGGCUCCAGGGCCCACUGAACCAGCUCCAGAGCCAACUGGACCUACGUGUGGGCUGCUCAGUCUGCUCGAAGCCAUUGAAUGAGAGCACGUAUAUAUGGGAUUCCAUAGAACACAAUUGCCCCCGUGAGAUCCUCCUGGCAAGGGCCAAGGGAGCACCUGAGCAUAAAGAAUGGAGAAAGGUUGGACGCAGGCCGAGCUUCCCUCGGCCCAGACGUUAUGAAGUGUGCCGCUACUACAAAGCUGGGAUGGGCUGCAGGAAACACCACAACCAGUGCACAUUUGCCCGAAGCUUAGAGGAAGCACUGGUUUGGACUUUUGAGAGGGAAAAUGAUAUCCCCAGACUAUGGCUGAAAGCUAAAGUACAGGGCAGCUUGUACCAAGGGACUCCCAGGAUCCUGACUGCAGCUGAAGAAAUAGGGGCUGAAUUUGGAGGCUAUUUUCAGGAACUCUGUAAGCCUUGCUUCCGGAACUGCCCUCCACAGGUGACCAUCCGGGGUCCAAAUCUGCCGUGCCCACAGCAUGGGGCCUCUAACCUGCUUAUCGUACACAUAACAAGUGAGGGUCUUAGAAAGAAACAGCUAGUGGAGAUCCGGCCUCUGCCCCGGCAAAACCACCUCCUGGAAUAUUGUAUGUAUGUGUCUCGAGGACAUCCAUGUCGGCAUGGGGUUGUUCGCUGUCAGUAUGCUCACAGUGAUGUGGAGAAGGUUGUGUGGGAAGCUGAGUCCAUAGGCUACCUGACUCGCUCUGACUUGCUUAAGCUUCCAGCCACACUGGAAUCUGGAGCAGGGGCUCGGACCAGUGGUGAGGAUGGUGGUAGAAAUGGGAGCCCAUCUGCUUCACCCCAGAUUCAGCUAUAUUGCCGAGCCUGCCUCGUGACCUGCAACUCCCAAGAGAGUUUUGAGAACCAUUGCUCAACCCUGGAGCACACACAGAUGGUGUCCUAUGACCAGGGGGCCCUGUGGGAAUACCGAGCGCCCCCCAUGGGGCUCCGCAAAUUCAAACUUUGCAGCAGGCAGGAUAUCUGUGAGUAUGGAAAUGGAUGCACCCAGGCACACUCCGUGGAAGAGCUUCAGGAAUGGAUUGUGCGGGCUCAGGCAGCCCAGAUAAGAGAGGAAUCAGCCCGGCAGGAUGGACUUCUCUCCUACCAGGACCGGCUUUUACAUGAAUAUCAGCACUGCAGCCGUGAAAUGCUGGUGAUGUCCGAGUCUAUACGUGAUGUAACUGUGCACUGUGACCAGCCCUUACAAUGCCGGGUAGAGGACAAGAAAUCGCAAUGCAGAUGGAAAUUUAUCAUCCGUUCUAAGGACCCGCUUCAGCACGUGGCCCUCCUCAGACGUCAGAUGGGAGCAAUCUUUUCCUUGGUGAGUCCCGGCCUGCCACGAGGACAGCUUUACGCCCAAGGCUCAAGGUUCCACGUGCAGGGUGCAGCGAUGACCUUCCAGGUGGAGGUGCUGGUGGAGUGUAUCACCUUUGGCAGCUACCAGCAGUGGGUGGCUUUUGACUUUGGACGUCGGCCCGUCCUGGUACAGAAGCUACACGUGCAAGUGGGACAGAGGGAAGCCCGUGGGAUCCUGCCCAUCUGUACGCAGGACCACGACUGUCUUCUUGAGUUGAUACGCUGGCACAGUGGAAAUCGUUGCGUGGUGCCCAGUGCGGCUAGGACGGCUGAACAGAUGAAGCUACUAGCCAAGUACAAAGUGAGCCCCCAGGAACUAGAAUACUACAAGUCAAUGGCCUCUGACCAGAUCCCCAUAACUCCAGUCAACUAUCGGGACAGGAUGCACCAAUUCUUGUAUGUAGAAGAGGAGGCUCGGCAGGAGCUGGUGGCCAAACUGAACCUUCAGGUGGAAGUCACAUUAACCUCCAAGAUGCAGACCUUGGCAAUGGGCAUGAAGCUUGCACCACCUGGGGAAUUGUACGCCAAGGUUCCAAUCCCUUGCUCCCUGACACCAGACACAGACCAGGGCUAUUUGCUAAGUAGAGCUGUUAGCACUGCUUACGUGGCACCUGUCCCUGCCCCUGACAAUCGUGUGUAUGAGGUUUGGGUGGAAGUCAAGGCCACUUCGGAGCAGAAUGUGUGGCUUCUGCUGCCAGCCCACUGCUGCUCUGCCUUGGGACUUAAGGAUGAAGAUACACAGCUCAUGGAAAUCCAGUUUCAAAUUGACAAGACUGUAUUUGGGUUAUGGCACCAAGCCGUUGAUGCACUUCAGGAUGACAGACUGGUGGUACCUGAUGUACCUACCUGUUCUCUGCCUUCUUUGAGGCCACCUCCCCAGGAGCUCCGUGGUAAUCCAAAACAGAAGCAGGCCAUCUCUUUUAUCACAGGCACAGCUGGUAGUCGACGUCGAGUGCCUCCACUGCUCAUUUAUGGCCCAUUUGGGACAGGCAAGACAUACACGCUAGCUAUGGCCACGCUAGAGGUUAUCAAACAACCCAACACAAAAGUGUUGAUCUGUACCCACACCAACAGUGCUGCUGACAUCUACAUCCGUGAGUACUUUCACGCCUAUGUCACAACUGGACACCCUGAGGCUGUGCCACUGAGGGUCAAAAACACUGAAAGCUUCCUCAGCCAGACAGACCCAACCACACUGCAGUAUUGCUGCCUCUCAGAUGAUGGACGCUCCUUCUGUUUCCCAACUCAGGAGAAACUAAAGCAGCACCGCAUUAUAAUCACGACCACUACUUUAUCCCACUCCCUGUGUGUGUCACCUGGUUUUUUUUCCCACAUUCUCAUUGAUGAGGCUGCUCAGAUGUUAGAAUGUGAAGCGAUAAUUCCACUGGCCUAUGCCACCCAGAACACUCGCAUUGUGCUGGCUGGGGACCACAUGCAAAUCACCCCCAAACUCUUCAGCGUGGGGGCCAGGAAGUCUGCUGAUCACACACUGCUCAAUCGGCUAUUCCAGUACUACCAGCGGGAGACUCAUGAAUUGGCUUCCCAGAGCAGGGUCAUCUUCCAUGAAAAUUACCGUUCCACUGAAGCCAUCAUUUCCUUCGUGUCUAGGAAUUUCUAUGUGGCUAAGGGCAACCCUAUUCAGGCUAGUGGACAGAUCCCUGGCCACCCAUGCAAGUAUCCGCUCAUGUUUUGCCAUGUGGCUGGUACUCCUGAGAGAGACAUAACAAUGACAUCAUGGUUCAACAGGGCCGAGAUAGUGGAGGUGAUUGAGAAGGUGCAAGAAUUCUAUAGUAUCUGGGCCUACCAAUGGAAUAGCCCUGAUCUGAAGCAAAUUUGUGUUGUGUCUCAUGGUUCUCAGGUAAAAACACUGAGGCAAGAACUGAGGAAGAAACAACUGGGAGAAGUAGCAGUGGAGAAUUUUGAAAAUCUGCCAGGUCGAGAGUUCCGAGUGAUCAUCCUCAGCACAGUCCACACCCGGGACAGCCUGCUCAGCAGCUCGGUCCCCCACCUGGAAUUCUUCAGUGAAGCCCGAGUGCUGAACACAGUGAUGACCAGGGCCCAGUCACAGGUGGUUGCUGUGGGUGAUGCUGUGGCCCUUUGUUCUUUUGGACGUUGCAGCAAGGUAUGGAAGCACUUCAUUCAAGAGUGUGUAGAGAUGCACAGCGUGUCCCCUGUGGACCUCACUAUGGAACAAAUUAAGCAAGAUGUGGCACACAGACAGCGCUGGGCCUGGCAAAAAGGACUGCACCCUGUGAAGGUCCCCAGGGAAGAGCAAUUAGAAGAGGAGGACAAUAACAAUGACAUUCCUUCGUGGGUGUCUGAUGCCGAACUCAAUGCUGAUGACCCCAUCCUGCAGGAGUUGCUGGAUGAGAGCAAGAAUGUGGCAGUGACGGUAACGGAGGAUGGGCUGCUGAAUGUGACAUCAGGUGGACGGUCCCGUCAUCAAGGGCAACAGUAUUUAAGCUUUCCUGUGCCAGUGUUGCAGAAAUAUCUACGCAUGCAGCCCAAGAUAUAUAGGAAAUGUGAACUGAUUAAGGAGGCCUUUGAGAAGGCAUCUGCCUUCACCAUAGAUGACUCCCCACCCCUCAUUAUUCAAAUCAGAGGGCGCACCAACUGUGGUAUGGCCUUCACUGGUGACCAAGUUCUAGUGGAAAUCCUGACCCCAGAAUUGGAGGAACAGGGGUAUUCCUGGCGCCCCAUGGGCCGAGUGGUAGGUGUACUGGAAAGGGGUGACCGUGAACUCAUCUUCAUAUGCAAGAUGGAUGAGUUUGAUCCCCGAGUAAUGAUUCCCAUUGACCCUUCAGUCACCAAGAUCUUUGUACCAGAGCUAAAGGAUAAGCCCAACACUAUUCCCAUCCGCCGUUUACAACGAGGACACAUUAAACUUAUUAGCUACGAGAAGAUAACAGAGGAGACCAAGCGCAAUCAGCUCUUUCGUGUACAGAUCAUCUCCUGGAAAGAGAGGUUCUAUUAUCCAUUAGGUAUCAUACUUGAGAUUCUUCCCUUGCCUUUGACCUUAGAACAAGGUUUUAAGAUUCUGGACAUGGAAUACUCUCUGAAUGCCAAUGGAAGAUACCCAACUCCUGUCAUUAAGGAAGUGAACCAGCACAGCUGCAAUAAACUUAGUCUGCACCGGGGACAGUGGAAGGACUGCCGGGAUUAUUUAACCUUCACUGUGGACCCACAGGGCUCCCGGGAUCUGGAUGAUGCUAUUAGUGUCCGGGACCUGGGAAGCCAAUAUGAGAUAGCUGUCCAUAUAUCUGAUGUGGCCAGUUUCAUGCCAAAAGAUGGGGCACUUGAUCGUGAGGCUAGGAAGCGAGGUGCCACAUAUUAUGCUCCUGGAAAGGAUCCUGUGGCCAUGCUCCCAUCCAGGCUCAGCCAAGACCUAUUCAGUCUCCUUCCCCAACAAGAACGUCGAACCAUCUCCCUGAUUCUUACAGUGGAGAAGGAAGGUGACCGAGUAGUACAAUGGCAUAUCACGCCAUCUAUGAUAUGCUCCAACCUCCAGCUGACUUAUGAGGAGGCUGAAGUUAUUAUUAAAAGUCAUCCUGGUGGUGGGGCCAGGCUGCCUCUCCGGCUGGGCACUGUGGAAGGCUGUGUUGUGGCUGCUUAUCACUUUUCCCAAGUCCUCCGCCGAAGCCGCCUUCAGGGAGAUUGCUACUAUGACCAACCAGAUGAAGAUAGCCCUCUUGGUUCACGUAGCUCCCACCAGAUGGUUCAGGAACUUAUGAUCCUAUUCAAUAGCUAUGUAGCUGAAUUCCUGGUGCACAAGGAUAACACAAAGUUGAUCACCCCACUGAGGUGCCAGGCUGAGCCCAAUCCUCAGCAAAUAGCUCAACUAAAGGAAAAGUACAAUCACUUGCUCCCUCUGUCCCUCCAUCUCUCUUACCGUCUCUCUGGCCAGACCACCAGUACUUCCCGAGCAACCAGCUCAGGUCACAACCUUUGCAUCCUGCGUCCACUUUGGGACCACCUGUGUCAGGCUGCUGACAGCAAAGACUAUAACAAGAUGGUGGACCUCAUUGCCACAGAUGACAUCCACCCCACUCUGGCCCCAGCUGGGCUGGAGUUCCGAAAGCUGCUCAGCCGUUCCUACUUUAGCCGCUCAAACUCUACUAGCUUGUCCAGGACUGGACACUACUCAUUGCAGGUGGACUGGUACACUUGGGCAUCGUCCCCCAUAAGGCGCUACAUUGAUGUGGUGCUCCAGCGGCAGCUCCAUGCUGCCAUGGGCCAGGGCCAGCCUGGCUAUUCCCCUGAAGAUAUUGACUUGUUAUGCCAUGACUUCAACCGAAAAAAUGGGCGUGCGCAGGCUUAUGAGCGCAAGGCCCACUGCCUUCACCUGGCCACCCAGCUUAAGGCCCAGCUGCUGACAAAGUUGUGCUUUGUCGUGAAUGUGGAAUCUGCGAACCGCUUUUUUAAGGUGAUUUUCCCCAUGAACCGGGAUACCCUGCCUGACCCCCAUCUUGUCAAUUAUCGUGCUCUGCAAUUGGUAGAGCAGCCCACCUUCAUCCUCGAGCGUCAGAACAUAAAGUUGGUAUGGAGGAGGCGAAUGUACUCUCUGGAUAAGGGCAAAGCAUGGACUCCAUCCUCCAAAACGCUGGUGGACACACAUGUCAUGCCAGUAAGCAGUGUCAUCUGGCAGGACCUGCUAGUGGCUGUCCAGAACCAGAACUUUCAGAAGGCAGCAGCCUUGCUCAUUAGGUCUAGAGGGGCUGCCCAGACUGCCUACCAUCGGCCCCUAGGCCAGGUGAUUCGAAGCAAGUGCUCCCACUAUGUAGAGGUGGUCCUAGAGCUAAGUACUGGGGAUGCACUACAGAUGCAGCUGACCACUGAUGUCCAAAGGGGCUUCCUUGUACCCUCCAUCCAGAUGUGGAUGUUGACACCAGGUUUUGCCAUUUGCCUGGAGCAUGCUGAGAAACCCAUUGACUGCUUUUCCCGCUACGCUUCCCAGGCAGCCAAGGAUGUGUACUCUGAGGCACAAGAAUAUUCCCGGGUGUGGGAACCGCUCUGUGCCAUGGAGUCAGCUUCUAGUGCUGUGGCUGAGAAUGACUCUAUUCUCUUGCAUGGUGUUCCCAUUACCUGGGACCAAGAGCGGAACAGCCAGGGACAGAUGCAAGGUUCCUUCUGCUUAACCUAUAGCUUCCUUAAGGAAUGUGCAAUUGAUAUCAACUUCAAUUUCUGCUACCUCUGCAUCCGGUUGGAGAACCUAAAACUCCAGGGUCCAGUAGAAGAGGAGGAGGAAAAGGAGAAAGGAAAGGAGGCUGCUCUGUGCCAAGGCUUUAGGAAGCUCAGUUUGGGCAAGAAGGCAGUAGACCCACCCAUGGUCAAUACUCUUGACUCUUGUUUGAAUGUAGACCCUGACACCUAUACCUGGGUGGCUCAUGGGCUAACAGAUGAGAUAGAUCAGGAUGCCAAAAAGGUUGACCGAAGAGAAGAGCGACAGAGAAUCCAUUUUUCCCUGCACCAUGUAGCCAUGGAUGGCAUCCCUAUGGAGGUCACCAGAAAGGGAGCUUGCUUCACCAUUGAGAUUAUCCCAAAACUACUGCCAGAUAUCCGGAAAGAGGAAGCCAUCUGGAAACUGAAAUAUGCCUCACCACUUGUCACCGGCAUUGCCUUAGGCCAGCCCAUCAAGGAAGUGUCCUGCAUGGCCAUGAAGUCCAGUGUCCUGAAGCGUCAGACCUUUGACAUCCCACGAGGAAAAUUCAGGCUCAAUAAGAGUCAGAACAGUGCUGUGCUAGAGGCUCUUCAAAAGCCUUUUACUCUCAUCCAAGGGCCACCAGGCACUGGGAAGACGGUGGUCGGGGUCCAUAUUGUAUACUGGUUCCAUAAGCUUAACCAGGAGAAGCCUGAGACUGCGCCAUUGCCCUUGAAAGGGGAGAAGAAAGACAAAGGGGAGAAGUGCAUCCUAUAUUGUGGACCAUCCAACAAAUCUGUUGAUGUUGUUUCAGAAAUCCUCCUUCAAUGGAAGGAAGAGCUCAGGCCAUUGCAAGUAUAUAGUGAACAGAUGGAGGCCAUGGAAUUCCCUGUACCAGGGAGCUACAGAAACAUGUUUCGCAGAAAUAUCCGAGAAGGGAAGCCAAAACCUGAGCUCAGAGACAUCAUUCUCCAUCAUCGUAUCCGGAUGCCGUCCAAUCCGUUCUCUCGCAGGAUUAUGGAAUUUGAUACCAGAGUGAGGAUGGGGGAUCAGUUCUCGGAGGAAGAGAUUGAACUAUAUAAGUCAAUCACUAUGAAGGCCCGGAUACAUGAAUUAAGUACCCACGACAUCAUCCUUUGUACCUGCUCCUGUGCGGCCUCCUCCAUUCUCACUAAGCAGCUCAACAUCAAACAAAUUCUCAUUGAUGAAGCUGGCAUGUCCACAGAGCCUGAGAGCCUCAUCCCCCUCGUUAACUUUCCCCAGGCUGAGAAGGUGGUGUUGCUAGGGGACCACAAACAGCUUCAACCUUUUGUAAAGAAUGAUCACUGUCAAAAUCUGGGCUUGGAGAAGUCCCUCUUUGAGCGCUACCAUCGUCAAGCCUGGAUGCUGGACACACAGUACCGAAUGCACGAGGAUAUCUGCAAAUUCCCUUCCAAAGAAUUUUAUGACAACAAACUGAAGACUAGUAUGGAACUAAGGCGAACGCCAAGUGUCUUCAGCCACCAAGGCCAAGAAAGCUGCCCCAUUAUCUUUGGCUAUGUCCAGGGAGAGGAAAAGAGCCUUUUGGUCUCCACAGAAGAAGGAAAUGAAAACUCCAGGGCCAACCAGGAUGAAGUGGAGCAGGUGGUUCGAAUAGCAAAGCAACUGACCUUGGAUAGGACCAUAAAACCCAAAGACAUUGCGAUCCUCAGCCCAUACAAUGCCCAGGUGUCAGAGAUCAACAAGCGGCUCUCAAAGGAGGGAAUUACUGGAGUGACCGUCUCCUCCAUCAAAAAGAGCCAAGGAAGUGAGUGGCGAUAUGUUAUACUAAGUACAGUUCGAUCCUGCCCUCUUGGUGAGAUUGAUGGGAGGCCCACCAAAAGUUGGCUGAAGAAACACCUGGGAUUUGUCAGUGACCCACAUCAGGUCAAUGUGGGGAUCACUCGGGCCCAAGAGGGGCUCUGCAUCAUUGGAAAUCACUACCUCUUGAGUUGCUGUCCAAUGUGGCACCGGCUCAUUGAUUUCUACACCAAGAAGGGAUGCUGUGUCCUGGCUUCUUCAGUGCAAGUCUGUCAGAGGCCAGCUGUCUGCCACUAAGACAUAGCCCUCAUAGGCCUUUUCUCUUGGGCCAGAAGGCUUAUUUGUGCACUCAGAGGUGGAUAGUCAAUGGCUACCCCUUUCUCCCUGUCCCCAUGAUGGCUUUGCAAUCUCUUUGAGACUUUUUCCUCUCCGACACCAGGAAUGUCCAGCAUCUUGUACUUUAUUUUACAAAAUGCCAAUGAGAAAACAAAAUUGACCAAAAAUCCUUCCCUUUUUUCUGUCCCCUUUUCCCAGCCAAGGGAGCCGCACUUAGUGCAUCCUCAUGUGCCUUUUGUGACUGCAGCCAGUGGGGACUGAUGGAAUCUGGGGGACUGCCUCUGAUGUCUAGCUUAUAUGAACUCAAUAGACCAAAGCGGACCAGGACCAAGCCUUCAGAGAGAACCAGCAAUAACAUGAAUCUUUAGAAAAAUUUUUCUCCUCUCCUACCCCCUGGAGGGAAGGAGGAAACUAUUAUUAUUUGAAUAUAAAAACCAUUUGGCUUUUUAAUCUUAGAGAAAAAGGAUAAGGAGCAGGUUGAGGAGUAACCCAGACUCUUCUUGCCCUAUUUUAAGUGCUCUUAGUAAGAGUGUUCUGGCCAGAUUGUUGACUGAGAAGCCUCCAGGUGCAGUGUAGCCUCUUCUCUGUCCAUGCAGAGUGAGGGGUUUGGGGAGGCCCAAGGGAUUUCUGCUGUAAACCCAACUCUGGAGUUCAUCCUUGGUGCUGAUCUGAGAAGAUUCUGGGUGAAGCAAGAGAACCCUUAGAGAAGCUGCUUAAAAACAAACAAACAAACAAA